CACCAACAGCUGUCGUUGGAAACGGCUUGAUGCCGUCUGGGCCAUCCUUCGGCAACGGUCGAUCCGGACGUGCUGGGCGCAGGGGCUUCCGUGAACGGACCUUGGAGGAGCAGUGUGAACACCUGGUGAACGCGGUUCUAGACUGCAAACGUGAGGUUGCGGCCAGCCCCUUCUACUCCCGCCUGCUAGCGGUGCUGUCAGAGGCCGCUUCCAAUCACAUGGCCUACCUAAGGCAGCAGGUACCUCCAGCUGAUCACCACUCGACGAAAUCCGCCACUGCCGUGCAGCCGCAAGCGCGGCAGCAACAACAGCCGCCGCAGCAGGAAGCGGGGCAGCAGCAUGAAAUGCCUCAGCAGCAACCGCAGCAGGAGCAGACGCAGGGGCAAGGGAGAGGGGAUGAAGCUAUGGCUGAGGGGGAGGAGGCGACUGAGGAGGUCAAGGCAAGCAAUGCCGAUAUCCGCAGUAACGGCGACUGUGGGAAACCAGGCAGCAGCAGCGGCAUGGAUGAUGAUGCCGGCGGCGGUGAAGGAGGAGGCGGAGGAAGAGGAGGAGCGGAGGGGAAAGGGGCUCCGUUGUCGUGUUUGCCGUACUCCUCCUCCUCCUCAGCUUGGAGCAGUGUGUACGACAUGGUGGUGUACGGGCUUGGAUCCGUACAUGAGAGCCGGGUGUCCAGGUACCAGCUGGCCCUCGUGCUGCUGCUCCGAGACCAGGUGCUGUCCGGUUUGAGAUCCGCCGUUCAGCUGUACGACCCGGCCUUUGACCAGGUUGACCGGCUGGCGUUGCAGCGGCUGGGGCUGCAGGCCUUGGAUGUCAACGAGGGCGGUGCGCGGCGCGUGACCCGCCCCACGCUGUUCUACCUGCCGCACUGCGAGGGGGCCCUGUGUGACGCGCUGCUGGGGGCGAACUGGGGGCCGCUGACUGAGGGAGCGGCUGCUGCUGCUGCUGCUGCUGCUGCUGGAAUAGACGGGAG